AUGGUCGAGACGUAUGGCCUGCUACCGGCCAACCAUUUUGGCGCGAGGAAGCGACGUUCAGCCGAGCAAGCGCUUAUUCUCCUGCAGGAAAAUACAUACAGAGCAUGGAGGAUGGGCAAGGUGCUUAGCCUGGUGAGCUUUGAUGUCAAAGGAGCAUACAACGGCGUGUUCAAGGAGAGACCGCUACAGAGGCUAUCGGCACGAGGUCUGCCUGGGGAGCUAGUUCGGUGGGUGGAUGCGUUCUGCUCCGGUAGGACAGCUAGCAUCGAAGUCAAUGGAUACCGCUCCCCCCAGAAACCGCUUUCACAGGCGGGCUUGCCGCAGGGCUCUCCCCUAUCACCAAUCCUCUUCCUCUUCUUUAACGCGGAUCUUGUGCAGAAGAACAUCAGCACAACGGAGGGGGCAAUCGCCUUCGUGGACGACUACUCGGCCUGGGUGACAGGGAAGACAGCGGAGGCAAACCGGGACGGGAUCCAAACCAUUAUCGACCGAGCCGUGGCCUGGGCGAGGCGGAGCGGGGCAACUUUUGAGGGCAGCAAGACAGCCAUUAUCCACUUCACGAGAACGGCUAGACGUGGCAGCAAGAACAGCUUUACGGUUAAUGGACAGACUGUCCAACCGAAGGACACCACCAAGGUGCUAGGAGUGGUGCUGGAUGCAGAGCUUAGAUACAAAGAGCAUAUUGCCGAGGCUGCUGCCAAGGGCCUGUCUGUCGCGAUGCAGCUUAAGAGACUCCGUGGAUUGUCCCCGCAUGUGGCCAGACAGCUGUUUGCCGCUGCAGUGGCGCCGGCCAUGGAUUAUGCUUCUAAUGUGUGGACACACGCUUGCGGUGAGAAGGAGACAAUAUGGUUAAACCAGGCACAAGCAGUCGGUGCGCAGGCUGUAACCGGGGCAUUUCAAAGCGUCGCCGCGGCCAUUGCAGAGGCAGAGGCAAACAUUCAGCCAGUGCUUCAACGACAUGCCAGGGCUGCCGCCAAGACGUGGACCAGCCUACGCACCCUUCCGAGGGAACACCCGCUGGCGAGACUAAGCAUAAGGAUAUGUCAACGGUUUACGUCGCCGAUGCAGAAGAUGGCCCGGCGGUAUAGGGACGGAGCAGGAGAGUGGCUAGAAGUGAUCCAAGAGUUUGCCAUGGCACCGUGGGAGGGCCGGAUCCGCGUUGUGCGUGAUGUGGACCGAGACAAAGCAGCGGAGGCUGCAAGAGCGGCCCGAGGCGUGGUUAUCUCGACGAGCUCUUCGGAGAGGGGAGGAAUGGUCGGCAUGGGGGGUUGCGUGGAGUAUGUGACGGCAAAGGGCAAGAGAGAUGUAUUGGUCCAGUUCUCAGUCACGCUGGGGCCGCGUGAGGAUAUAAACCCGUACAUGGCCGAGCUAGAGGCAAUGGCAUGGGCAUUUCGAUACGUGCCGGUGAAGCUGCCGCACAGGAACGUGGUUAUCGUUAGCAGCAAUAGGGCAGCCGUUCAAGUGGUAGGACACUCUCGACAGCAAUCCGGACAACGGGCAGUCCAAGAGGUGUACAGGCAAGCGAGGCUGCCGCAUCUGCGAGAUGUGCCGGUGUCCGUGCUGUGGGUGCCGGCAGGGCAUGAGGGCUUCCGGCCGGGUGCGGCGGCCAAGACAGCGGCCCGCGAGGCUACAAAGGACAGGUGCGUUCGGGAAAAAGCAAGCUAUCAAGCACGAUCUACGAGAACCAGGCUGCUGCUCAACCAACAGCAACAGCAGCGGCAAAGGAUACCCAUCGGGGUAGGACGGUACUCGCAACGUAUAGACACAGCGCUUCCAGGCCAGCACACGCGGACCAUCUAUGACGCUCUAAAUGCCAAGGAGUCCAGGAUACUAAUACAGCUACGAACAGGAAAGUGCCGGCUCAAUAGAUACCUGCACAGCAUUAGGGCUGUGGGAACGGACCAAUGCAGCUGCGGCCAAGCGGCAGAGACAGUCGAGCAUUUCCUCUUUCGGUGCAGACGGUGGAAUUCGGAAAGGGAAGGCUUAAUACGAUAUAAGCGGACCAAGAUGGGCAACUUGUCUUUCUUCCUGGGAGGCAAGUCUGCAUCGGAUGGCGAGGGAUGGAACCCCGACAUGGCGGCUGUCCGAAGGACGAUUAAAUUUGCAACGGCAACGGGAAGGCUAGAGGCAGACAGAUGA